AUGAACGAAACACAUGUUCCUGUAUUAACAAUUCAUACCAAUUUUAGAAAGAAUCGACAGAGUUGUUUUUCUCCAUCAAGUAUAACUCAACCAAUUGAUUAUAAUACUGAAGAUGUAAUUGUUAAUACAUUAACUAAAGAAAGAGAAAUUAAUUAUACUAAUAUUUUAAUUUCUAGUGUUAAAAGUGAAAUAAUGAUAGACACAAUUAAUACCAUACCAAUUAUUGUUCAUAUAAUUUCUUUUACUUGUAAUUCAAGAAUUCAUACUAUUGAAAAAACAGCUAAUGACCUCUAUGAACUUGACGCUUUUUUUAAAUCAAGUUAUCCAGUAAAUGGAUUUCCCCUUUUUCCUAAAAGAAGUAUUUCUUAUCCAAUGAGAGAUACUGCUUUAUGUGAAUAUCUUCAAGCAAUAAUUAAUAUUUCUGGAGUUUGUGAUUCUGAAUAUUUUAAACAAUGGAUUUCUACCUCAUUGUCAAAUUCAAUUAUUUCUAUAAGAAGACCAAUAAUUUCAGGUGAUUUAAAAAAAGAGGGAUAUAUCUUAAAACGUUGGGUAACAAGAUAUGUUUUAGUGAAAAGAAAUUAUUUGAUUUAUUUUGUUAGUGAUAAAGAAUUUUCUAAAUUAACAUUACCUACAAUCUUAGAUUUAAAAGGUGCUAAUGUAAAAGUUUCUGAUAUGAAAGAAAAAACUUUUCAUAUUAAAUUAUCUUCUGGUGCUGUUUAUCAUUUUAAAACUAAGUCUAGAGAAUUAUUAGGUGAAUGGAUAGUUGCUUUACAAAGUAGUACUGUUAUUAUUCAAAGAAGGAGAGAUAGAAGACAAAGUGUUUACAGUGAAGAAACUUCUCAUAAACCUGUUACACCAAUAAUUUCUUUACAAGAACUUCUUACAAUUCAAAGUACUAAUAAUGAAAUUGUUACUGAAUGUAUGAAAAUUGUUCAAACACAUAAAGAAGAUACUUCAUUAAUUCAUUUAUGUAAGAGAUUAGAAUCUAUAGAUUUAUUAGAUGCAAUAGAAUUGAACCAAAUUAUUAGUCAAAUUAAAGAAAUUUCAUUAAAUCAUCCUGAAGAUGUCCAAUUAUUAAAACUUCUUCGUUUACUCUCUUCAAAUGAAAUUAAACGAAUAGAAACACGUUCGAAAAGUCAUUCACAUCAAUCAUCACGUAGUCAAUCUAGAAAACAAAGUGUUUCAUCUCUUGAUAUUAGUUCAAUAAGUUCAAACGAAUCAAGUACAACUGUAACUCCACGUUCAGGAGUUAUUUGUAGAAUUUGUGAGGCAAAAGUAUUAGCAGAACAUCUUGCUCGACAUACAUAUUAUUGUAAAACAUUAAAUGAAAUUUGUAUGAAAUCAACUACAGAUGCUGAACGAUUAAAAGGUAUUGUAGAAGAAGCAAAACGAAUUUCAGAAUUAAAGAAAACAGAUUAUUUCAAAAGAUUAAUUGAAGUUUCUGAAGCAGCAAUUAGAAUUAUGGGAGAAUCAUUACAAAAACAAUAUGAUAAUUUAAAAGUUUAUAAUGAAGUUAGUGUCGACUUAGUAGGGUCAUAUCAACAUGAUGUAUGUGGAUAUGUUUUUGCUUUCUAUGUUCAAAAAUUAAUACAUCACAAAACUGAUAUUUUAGGAAAAUACAUAGAAAAUCCAAAUAAUCCACGACAAUUACUUAAUGCCUUAGGUGCUGGAGUUCGAUUAGAUGAGACAUGGAAUAACAUUGGAUUAAAAGAUUUUGAAAUUAUUAAAAGAAUUAAUGGAGGAGCAUAUUCUAGCGUAUACCUUGUGAGAAAGAAAGUUACUAAUGAUAUUUAUGCUAUGAAAAUUAUGAAAAAAGCUGAUAUGAUUAGAAAAAAUGUUGUAGAUGGUGUUUUGGCUGAAAAAACAAUUCUACAAAGAGCACAAACAUCUUCUGUUGUAAAAAUGUAUUAUGCGUUUCAAGAUACACAUAAUUUAUUCCUUGUAAUGGAAUAUUGUCCAGGUGGAGAUCUUAGAUGUUUAUUAAGUAAUGUUGGCUAUUUAGAUGAAACUACAGCAAAAAUAUAUUCAGCAGAAAUUGUAUUAGCAUUAGAAUAUAUUCAUUCAUUGGGAUGCAUUCAUAGAGAUCUUAAACCAGAUAAUGUUCUUAUUGAUAAAAAUGGACAUUUGUUAUUAACUGAUUUUGGAUUAUCUACUGUUGGCUCGAAAAUUGAACAAACAAUUGAAGAUUCGAGAUUGGUAUGUACCCCUGAUUAUGUAGCUCCUGAGUCAAUUGUCUCAUUUCAAUAUUCUCGUUGUUCAGACUAUUUUAGUUUAGGCUCAAUGAUCUUUGAAUUUAUUUGUGGAGUUCCUCCAUUUCAUGAAGAAACACCAGAUGCCAUUUUCCAAAACAUUAGAACAGGAAAAUAUUCAUGGCCAUCUUCUAUUAAUCCAUCGAAUGAAUUAAAAAGUAUUGUGUCUGGAUUAUUAACUAUUGAAGUAAAAAAACGAUUAGGUUAUAAAUCAAUCCAAGAAAUCAAAUCACACCCUUGGUUUGAAGGUAUUAAUUGGAACACUUUAUUAAGUGAAAGUCGUGAAGAUAUUUUUGUACCUGAAUUAGAUAAUGAAACAGAUACAGGAUAUUUUGAAGUAGACAGUCAAAUGAAUAAUAGCACACUUUCAAAUGACUUUACUGAAACUAAAGGGUCAAACAUAUUAUCAAGAACGAAAGGAGAUCAUUGUGAAAAAUUUAAUAAAUUUAAUGGAAUAUCAUUCCAUCAUUUAGUAGAAGAAAAUAUGAGUAUUGCUAAUGAAGUUACUACAAGUGAAGAUGAUAGAGAAAGUAAUAAUAACACAAACUCAGAUUCUCAAAUAUCUGUAGAAUCUUUUGAAGAAGAGACGAAUGAAACUCGUGAUUCUACAGACUCAAAACAAGAUGCAAAGAGUGAUAAUUGUUGA